AUGUGUCUCGCGCACCACCGAGAUUUUGGUGAUAGAUCUCAUUCGUGUAAAGCUGGAUUUUCGAUGCCAUCCCUUUCAGCAUGGUCACCAUAUUAUGUCAAAACUCAUUAUGAAGUGAAUGAGUGGAAAUCAACUGGUGAAAAAUCUACGCAUCAGUCGUCGGAACCCAUUCUUUGCGGAAUUCUGAUUGGAAUUCGUGUAUUAUCUAUUAUGUUGCAGCUAAUCUAUGCUCAUUACACGAAAUUGCUGGUACUGUUCACUGUAGCGAUAAUCCAUGCCGCAUAUAUGAAACCAUUUUUGGAUGUAUAUGCGAUACUGGCAGAUUAUGAGGGAGCGUUAGUUACAGCAGGACGAACUAGGGAAUUCUUCCUACUUCGUCAACAAGUGGAUAUCCUAACGGCUGUAAGAACACUGGAAGUUUUUCUCCAAUUUUCAAUUUUUUUUUUCAUUUUUCAUUUUCAGUAUAAAAAGAACAUGUGGAUGACAGUUGGGAGUAUGUGUGUGGCACUUUCUUGCUCGGGUAUUUUACUGGUGUUCCAUGGUGCGACUGCUUAUAAAACCGCUUACUAUAUUGCCAUGCAAUUAGCUGAUUUAUUAUCAUUUUCAACUCUUCCUGCAUUGCUUUUUGCACGAUCAAUUCUUGUUGAUAAAAUUCACGCAAAUUUACCAAAAUUUUUGCUGGAUAUGCAAUUUUCAUCGAAAUUCAAAGAAUUACCAGUACUUCUGAAAUGCAGCAAUGAACGGGUACCGCACUGCUUCGAAAUUGUAAUUAACUCGAUUUUCCCCAUGUUUAUACUCAAGUUUCUUGUUAUUCUAGCAGUUGUUACCAUCUUAUAUCUAGCUCUUGCUUAUUUACUUGAAUGGUGCAUAAAGCAUUGGUUUCCUCAUGCAGAAGGUCGCGUUCGUCAACGAUUUUAUUCACCACUAGUUAUUCACUGA